AUGGUGCGUGAGCGGCAGGAGCUUGUCAAGAGCCAUCAGUGCAUCUAUCCCGUUUAUUUUGACGAGACGCGGAGUCGCGAGGGCGGCCGACGAGUGAGCAAGGCAGAUGCAGUGCCCAACCCUCUGGCAAGAGAGAUCGUGGACGCUCUGGCGCACAUUGGCAACACCCUUGGCGUAGCGCUGCAGAUUGCGCUGGAUCCUAUGAAGACACAUCCCAAAGACUGGGCAAAUCCUGGCCGUGUCAAGGUAGAGAUCAAGAAGGACGGGAAGCCGAUAAGCCCAAAAAUUGCAAACAAACAUCAUCUCUACAAACUCAUAGCAAGCUAUCUCAAAUCGCAUCCUGCAGACGAGAAGACCCCGCUGAAAAUGCAAAUUCCUGGACUGCCGAUGCCGAAGGACGGUAAGCCCAUACCUCCUGCUAUACCUCGCGGCUCCAAGAUCGGCAUGAUCCUCCCGCUACACUCUCCUGCAUUAUCGGGUGGCGAAGACAUUAUGCAGCAAAUGAUGCAGCAAAUGGGGGGUCAACUACCUGCCGGCAUGGAAGGCAUCAUGGGUGGGGGUGGCAGUGACGCCGCCGUCUCACAAAAGCCUAAGAAAGUCAAAGUCAUUCAGAAGAGGUAG